UUUGCCAGCCGUCAGCUCGCUGCUCCGCUAUAAAUACUUCAGGCCCAGGUGGAGGGACAGGAAGGGGGAGCAGCACGGGAGCCUAUGCAUGGCUGGGCGGCAGCGCCAAGGGUGAGUCCAGGCCCCGGGGUGCCCCUGCGUGCUGACAUGGCGGCAGGUGUCAUCCAGCCCCUGGCUGAGCUGCGGCUGCCCUCACCCUUCCCGCACGGCCUGCUGCUGCCCGCACGCCCUGAGCCUGACUUCCCCGACCUCUCCGAGGAGGAGGAGGAAGAGGAAGAGGAGGAGGAAGAAGAGGUGGCGGAGGAGAGCAUGAGGCCAGAGCUGGCCAUCCCCAGCGCUGCUGAGACUACUCUGCGGCUCCUCAAAUUUUCGGAGCUCAUUAGCUGUGACAUCCAGCGGUACUUCGGGCGGCAGGGCCGGGACGAGGCCAUCAGCAGCCGCAGCAUGCCAGAGGACUGUGGCUCGCCCCGGAAUGUUGAGGCCCAGCAGGAGGCCACGGCACCGCGGGGCAGCCCUGGGGCCAUGCACAGGCUGGGGCCACUGGCUGAGCUCUUUGAGUAUGGCAUGCACAGGUGCCUGCCCGCCCAGGCAGCCGGCGGCAAGACGCAGCGGCUGGAGAAGAAAUAUGGCCACAUCACCCCCAUGCACCGGAGGAAGCUGCCGCCCUCCUUCUGGAGGGAGCCAGGCCCCAGCCCCACCAGCCUCCUCCAUGCCGGCACCCCCGACUUCAGCGACCUCCUGGCCAACUGGACAGUGGAGCCAGGGCCAGAGCUGCCAGAUGCCAGACAGGAGCUGCCGCCCGAGCCGGGCCAGCCAGGGCUAGAGGCCGAGCCCUUCGCUGGGCUGUGACCCCACCAUGGGCCCGGGGGCCCCCGGCCCUGCCACGUGCCACCCAGUUAAUGAUAAGCCUGGUGGCCCUGGUGCCAUUGCCAGGGCACCUAGAGCUGCCGGGUCAGAGCCGGCAAUGGAAUGAGUGAAUAAAUGA